AUGCACUCAACCACAUUCCUUGGGCUUAUGACGGCUGCCCUUAUGCCUCUCUCAACUCUAGCAUGCGGCAACUACCGUGCUGAGUUCACCAAAGAUGGAGAUCCAAACGAGCCGUCUAUCUCUAAGAUUCGAGUCGAAUGGGAGGAUGAUUGUAGAAUUUUCUGCGGCACCGACGGCCAAUUCAUCGAGUCUACAUCAGACGACGAAUGGAUCGUUCCUUGCAGAACUCCUGAGAUAGUUCUGGUAGUCAAAGCCCGCGGCAACACCGUUGAGUACCGCCGUAAUGGCGGGUCAGGCAACGAGGAAAACUACACCUUCAACACCAAGAGUCUCACUGACAAUCCUAAAACUGGCGGGAAAUACUUUGCACACAACCCCUACUGCCCACCAACUGUCAAUGGCUUCUUGGUGGCCGGCGGCCCGAUCCCUUGGCCAAAAACUGGCUUCCAACUUGCGACUUGCCCAACGCCCUCCCCGACGCCAAACCCAAAGCCGAAGUCCAAAAACAAGCGAAGUCCUUUUACUGGUUAA